GUAUUGGUUGUGUGGAGGACUCAGCGAAUACUCUUUCGUCUUUCAACGCUUUCAGCGCUUUCAGUUUUCUGGGGUGGGAGGGCGUGUGGCGGCGUGUGAUUUAGAAUUUUGCGGCAUUUGAGUGUGCGAAGUGAGCGCUACUUGCACUGUAGCUUGUUACUAAUGAGUCAACACUGCAAUUACAACUCGAAACGUAAACAUAAAUGAACAUGGAUGAGAAGCACUUCCUUGGUGAUCUCUUCCCCACGAAGUUGAGUGCAUUAGUGUUUGUAGCGUACAUCGGGUUCUUCGUCAACCAAGGAAUUCUCGUCACUGCCACUAAAGACUCUAACAACAGCUACAACUACAGCAUUACAACUGUCGUCCUCUUCACAGAAUGUCUGAAGCUUGUAGUUUCAACCUUAAUAUAUCUUAGAGACCAUUCAUUUAAGCAACAGUUAGAUGAAAUUCUGAAGCACAGGAAAGUUUUGGGUUUAUAUUUCGUGCCAGCGCUGUUGUACUGCUUCUACAACAACCUGGCGUUCAUCAACUUAGCAACCUUCGAUCCAACAACGUACAACCUGCUCCUCCAGUUCCGUGUCGUCAUCACAGGAAUCCUGUUUCAGGCUAUAUUUAAGAAGACACUGAGUAAAAAACAAUGGCUAUCCUUGAUCCUUCUCACAAGUGGCUGCAUCGUCAAAGAGUUGAGCGUUCCAACUCGACAUCUCUCAUCCGCAGAUGGAUCCUUUUGGGGGAGCAUAUUUAGUGCCAGUAUGCUCUUCCUGUUAAUACAGAUGUUCUGCUCCUGCCUUGCUGGGGUCUACAAUGAAUUUCUUCUGAAAGAUACUGGAGUAGACAUCCACAUCAUGAUCCACAACGUCUUCAUGUAUCUGGACUCCAUUGUAUGCAACGUAGCUGUCCUGGGGUUCCGAGGAGAACUAGUCACGGCUUUUUCAAUCCAGUCCCUGUCUACAUUGCUACAGGGUAAAGUUGUGGCAGUGAUGGUGAAUGGCGCCAUCUGUGGCAUUGUGACGUCGGUGUUCCUCAAGAGCCUAAACUCCAUUUUGAAGACCUUUGCCAGUGCUCUUGACCUUUCCUUCACCGCAGUCCUGUGCUGGAUCAUAUUUCAAAUUCCCAUCGACGUUUACACGGUGGCUGCCAUUGCGAUUGUCUCAUUUGCAACCUACCUGUACUCGCAACAGCCCGUGGUGAACAAGCCCAAGGACACGCGUCCUCACCAUGACAGCGAUGGCGAGCAGGAUGCUUCCCUCCUGAAUCACUGCGGAAGGAGGGAUGUCGUUUAACGGGAAAAUAUCUUUCCACAAGCUUUCGAGAGACUCCUUAGAAAGUGCUAUUUUUAUUGCAUCUUGACACGAAUCUCUUAAGAUGCUACAUUGUGAUAUUGAUGCUAGUACGAUGUUUGCGUCAGUAAUUAUAAACCCCGGCGAAACAUUACAUAAGUAACAGUACACUGUUCCAUUUGAAAGGAGCACCUGAGUAACAUGUAGCUGGCGUGACCGUAAAAUACGCUGCUUUUAAUCCGUCAAGCAUCAUGCCUGGCAUAGACAAUUGGUAGCAUUUGAUGUAGUAUUUGAACGUGGGCCGAGUAUGCUGUCAAAAGGCUGCCCGCAUUUACUAAAGUAAUGGUAGAACUUGUAUUGAGGACACAAAGUGUUUUCAUCAUAGUGUGCAUCUGCUUGCACAUACUUCAGAUGUUGGGUGCAUCCGCCGUAGUUCCGUCCUGUUCACUUUAGAGGCAGAGCUGGCAGCUGAGACUUCAUAAUUUAUUCAUCUGAAGUUGGCCACUGUGUGUUGUAUACCAACAAAGACUGUCGCACACGUUGCAAGAUGGGCUUGUUACGGCAUUCAGUGACCCAUACCUACUAAAGGAAAAAGCAUGUCGUAGGCGAAUUGUCAGAUUGGCACUUGGGUUAAAAUGUGUUUAUUCUAGUCAGGCCAAGCACUGGCAGGCAACAAGGCCCCGGUGACACUAUUACUAACAUUAAUACCUACUACUAAAUGCUAAACCGAUAAUGUUGCUUAAGGCACUAUGCGCAUGCUUUGAUAGUCGAAAAUUAUACUAGUCGGGCAGUUUAGUUCCUUCCUACAGAGGCCAUGGGUAUAAGAGCUACAGGUCUGUAGCACAUAGAAGUCAAACCUAUUUAGACAAUUUCAUGAGUGUACAUUAUAUUCCACUUUAAUACUUGAUUGAACCUAUUUUACAGGGGUGGCCACAUCUGAUUAAACCACAAACUACACCUUAUUGCACACCAUACUUCUACUGUGCACCUCACCCAGCAGUCCUUCGUUAUCACAUUCCCAUAAUUUGCUAACUCACUGACACUGCUGUUCAUGCAGCUCAUAUAAAAUCAACCAUAAUUCAGAAAAUAACAAAUGUAUUACAUAUGUAAUAGUGUUCUACACGAAUGCCGAGUUGUAGCAAAGAAAGGAGACUUACUUUUCAUAAGGCCACAACUCUUGUGCUUCUGUUUAGUAAAAUAUGGCACUUUGCAGAAGUCUUGCCAAAGUGUGUUCCAAUAAGCUGUGAUACUGUUUAGCACGAUUUUAGUUCCUGUCCCAUAGUGAUGUAUACAGCUUUGUCUAGAAUAUUUUAUUGUCACGUGGAAUGCAACAUGCAUGUGCAUCACAUAAACAAUCCGAGCAUUUCUAUCAUUUGCUACCUAGACAAAAGCUUGUGAUAUUGCAACCCCCCCCCCCCCCC